AUGACCCUUCAUGGCGAAACCGACCUACUUAUGUGCAGAACUUUCCCGACGCUUUUGGGCGGGAGAGCACUGACCUGGUACACCACUUUGCCGACUGGCAGCGUAGCAUCCUGGGAUGACUUGGCAAGCAAGUUCCAGACCCACUUUGCCACCAGUCGCCCAGUGCCAAAGUCCGUCCAUUCCCUAGAGAAGGUUCGUCAACAAUCUGGGGAAUGCCUUAGGUCCUUUCUGGAUCGGUUCGACAAAGAAGCCUUGCAAGUACAAGGCCUAGACCCUAAAGUGCAAGUGCACAUACUCUUAUUUGGUUUGCGUGAAGGAGCAUUCGCCUACGAGCUUGCUCGCCAUGAAAUUGUUGACCUUGAAGAAGUCAAACUGAAAGCCCAAGAGUUUAUGUGCAUCGAGGAGUACAAAGGAAGUCGGGUAGAUGACACCCACAACCAACAAAACAGAGAUAGUAAAAAUCGUGACCACAAAGAAGAGCAGAGGAAAGGUCACAAACCCUCCAAAUAUGCCAGUAGCCAUUAUGGGCGUGACACAAUAGGACGCCAGUCACAUAGAUGA